AUGAGUAACAGCACCUCGGGUGACAACGGCAAUGGAGUCGCCCAGUGCGAACACCAGCCCUACGGCAACCACCAUCAGUACCCACCCGCCCAGAAUCAGGAAGCUCCGGAGGCCAAGCCGUCCAAGCCAAAGUACACGCCGGAGAUGCUCCGGGAACAGGAGGCCCUGGUGACGCGGCUGAGCCAGCAGCCCGGCAUCUCCGAGGAGCUGGUGAGACGGCAGUUCGAGCGGCUGCUCGAGGAGCACAAGAAACAGCUCAGGCUGAUGCACGGCGAGCCCAAGAGUCCCGCGGAACGGCGAACGCCCCCGCACCACCAACAGCCCCACCGCGGCAAAGGGUCGCCCCCGCAGGUAGGCACCGCCGAGGAACAGCCGAACCAGUUGCGAUCGUCGCCUCUGCACAAGCUUGGGCCCUCGAGUCUGCGUAGGAUACGAUCGGACCGGGAGACGAGGGACUCGCAGAAGAAGAACAACGGGCUGCAGGAAGCCGAGCAGGCGCGCGAGAUCAUGAAGAAGUUCUCGGGUGCCGGGCGCUUCGCCGCCAACUGGAGGUCCAGGGGCGACGGCAGUAACGCCGGGAACAACCGUGAGUCGCCCGCGAAGGAGGAUAGGCCGGAGGACCCGAGGCAGCAGCAGCAGCAGCAGCAGCAGCAGCACACCCGGUGUUCCUGUUGCCACGGUGGACCAGAGGAGAAAAGUGGAGGUGCUUCUGCGGCAGAUAAUGGAGAACAGGGGGCUGCUGUUGGGGGCUCCACGAUGUAUUGGCCGGAGAUACAGGAGCCGAUGACGUUUGGUGGAGUUUCCUUCAUGGCGAGAAAGGUCCCCUGCGUUCCGCGCGUCCCCGAAAUGCUCUGCAACAGCUACGCACCUCCCUCCGAUCGGUCGUCGUGA